CAGAAACAUCGCAUCGUCUCCCCAUCGCCUCGUUUGUACGGCGGCCGAAGAGGUUCAAAGUGGCUAAAGCGAAGUCUACUGUCUGCACGCCCUUCGGUGUAGGUGACGAUGGAUCAGGGCUCUCCACCCUCGUUUGACCCCAACAAACCCCCCGUGAUUGAAGGUUUUACUCCAACCUCCAUGCACAGGACGGAGACCUUUUCCGAAAAAUUUCCACGAAAGUUCAAGGAGAACCCCUUCGUGCCCAUUGGCUGCCUUGUCACACUUGGUGUUUUGACCUAUGGAUUCAUCUGCUUCAAGAGGGGUGACACUCGCCGGUCCCAGCUAAUGAUGCGGGCACGAGUUGUAGCUCAGGGCCUGACUCUUACUGCCAUCGUGAUGGGCUCACUGUUUACGGGGAUGGCAGCCAAGAAGUGAAGAUAACUGCCAGUGUGCACUAACAUGUGACUUCUUUUUACCAUGCAAGAGAGAAGUCGGUCCUUCUACCCUGGAAUGAGAACCUGCCACAUGUUGUUGGAUGGAAUCUCAAUACUUUUGAGGAGACCAUCCAUUGCUAGGAUGUUUCCAGAUUGUUGGUCUGGCUCCUAAUUUAUUCAGCAUAUACUGUUAAAAAUCUAUUUUUUUCCUGCAUCAAUACAGUUUUAUUGUAAGCCUGAUUUUCCUGGGAAGUCCAGUGUCACAGUGUCCAGAAUAAGUAAAACUUUUUGGAACCAA